GAAAAGAAGCAUCACAGAUGCGAGGAGCAGCAGAAACAGGACGAGUGAACAUACAGUCAGUGCAGGUGAACAGCUACAAUCUGCACCACGUGUCAUCAACAUGGAGGAAGACGAACAUAAACAAGACUUUCUCUAUUGUGAAGAGUGUCAGUCAUUUUUCACUGGUGAAUGUGACGUUCAUGGUGCUCCAUUGUUCAUUCCUGACACCCUUGUGCCAGUGGGGGCUGCAGACCGGGCCAGACUAACCCUUCCUGCUGGACUGGAGGUUCUCACAUCCAACAUUCCCAAUGCAGGACUCGGGGUGUUUACAGGAGAGAUUCUUCCAAUCGGAGCACAUUUUGGUCCUUAUGAAGCAGAAGAAAGCAAUAUGGAGGAAGCUGUCAGCAGUGGAUACUCGUUUGUGAUAUUCAAGAGUAAGGACUUGAAUGAAUAUGUGGAUGCCAAAAGAGAAACGCACUCUAACUGGAUGAGAUAUGUAAAUUGUGCUCGCAAUGAAGAGGAACAAAAUCUGGUGGCAUUUCAGUAUAAAGAAGCGAUUCUGUACAGAUGUUGCCGUCCAAUCAAAACUGGUGAAGAAUUGCUAGUCUGGUAUGGAGAGGAGUAUGCCAGAGAUUUAGACGUCACUUUUGACCAUCUAUGGAACACUAAAUGCUCUGACAGAGAGAACGGUUCCUGUCCAGUGUUUUCCUGCUCUGUGUGUUCAUUGUCAUUCACGGCUCAAACUUAUCUCCAAAAACAUAUGAGAAGAUGCCAUCCUGAGGAGUAUGACAAAAUCCUGAAAUGUGGAGAGAUUAAGAAUGAGGACAUACCUAAAACGAUCUUGAAAACAGAACAUGUAUCAUCUGAUAAUCUCUGCUCUACCACUCCAAACGAACUAAAACACAGAGGACAAGACAAGGAGAAAACUCACCAUUGUGCAGAUUGUGGGAAGAGUUUCUCUCGCUUAGGUGAUCUGAGUGUACAUCAGCGUAUACAUGCAGGAGUGAAGCCGAAUCACUGCUCACAGUGUGGGAAGAGUUUCUCUCGAUUAGGUGAUCUCCGCUUACACCAGAUAAUACACAGGGGUGAAAAGCUGUUUCACUGCACACAGUGUGGUAAAAGUUUCUUGAGGUUAAGUGAUCUUAAUAAACACAAUAAAAUACACACAGGAGAGAAACCGCAUCACUGCUCACAGUGUGGAAAGUCUUUCAGUCGGUCAAGUGAUCUAACUAGACAUCAGCGCACACACACAGGAGAGAAGCCGUAUCACUGCACACACUGUGGGAAGAGUUUCUCUCGGUCAGGUCAUCUUAUUAGACAUCAGGCAAUACACACAGGAGAGAACCCAUUUCACUGCACACAGUGUGGGAAGAGUUUCUCUCGGUCAAGUAAUCUUAUUAGACAUCAGGCAAUACACACAGGAGAGAACCCAUUUCACUGCUCACAGUGUGGGAAGAGUUUCUCUCUGUCAAGUCGGCUUCGUGAACACCAGCGCAUACACACCGGAGAGAAGCCGCAUCACUGCUUACAGUGUGGGAAGAGUUUCUCUUGGGCAUGUCUUCUUAGUGAACACAAGCGCACACACACAGGAGAGAAGCCGUAUCACUGCACAGAGUGUGGAAAGAGUUUCUCUCGGUCAAAAGGUUUCCGUGAACACCAGCGCAUACACACAGGAGAGAAGCCGUAUCAAUGCACAGAGUGUGGAAAGAGUUUCUCUCGGUCAAAGGAUUUCCGUGAACACCAGCGCAUACACACAGGAGAAAAGCCGUAUCAAUGCACAGAGUGUGGAAAGAGUUUCUCUUGGUCGAAAGGUUUCCGGAUACACCAGCGCUCGCACACAGGAGAGAAGCCGUAUAACUGCUCACUAUGUGGGAUGAGUUUUGCUCAGUCAAAUCGUCUUUGUGAACACCAGCGAACACACACAGGAGAGAGACCGUAUCACUGCUCACAAUGUGGGAAAGGUUUCUCUCGGUUAAUUCACCUUAGUAAACAUCAGCAAAAACACAAACAAGUUGCAUCACUGCUUGAAGAAGAAGCUGCUGUCACUAUUCUUGCAGGUGGCUUAUCAAAACACAAAUAAAAUUGUGAGAUCCUUUCUCUAAAAAUUGUUUCAUUGUUCUACAAAAAAAAUCUCUGAUGGCCUGAGGGUGUGAAGAUAAACAGCAAAUUUGAAUCCUAGGGUGAACUCUGACUUUAAGGGCUUAUACAUAAGUAGCAAUUCUGGGUUAUAUGAUCAUAUUUGUAUGUUUUGUAUGUUCCUGGUAGGAACUAUAGCAGCUGCGUUUUGGUCAAUUUUUUCUUUGAGGAUGGAGGACAACCAUCUAGCAAUGGAUUAGAGUAAUCUAAACUAGACUUAAUAAAUGCAUGAACUAGCUUAUCUGCAUUAGAGAUAAAUAAAAUGUCUUAUCUAAACUUAAAAGGAAAUUAGUGAUCAUCCAAUGCUUUGUCUUGGAUGCACUUGAAUGCCAGUUUUUAGAAGUCCAAGGUUUUGUCCAGUCUAGUUGAAAAAAGUAGUGCGUUCAUAGUAAUGGAAAUAAAUCCCAUGUUUUCUAAUAAACCAAGAGGCAGCUUGUAUAUAGAGAAAUGUGGAGGCCCUAAAACAGAUCCAUGUGGUAAUACACAAUUUCGUGGCAUUAGAAUUGAUGAUUCCUUGUUUAAAUUAAUGAAAUUGUUGCGGUCAAAUAGGUAGGAUCUGAACCAAUUUAAUGCUUGUCCCUGAAUACCGCAUAGUUCUGCAAUUGUUCUAAAAGUAUGGUAUGGUCUACAGAAGGGAUAUCCAACCCUCUUCCUGGAGAGCUACCGUCCUGCAGACUGCUCCAACCCUGUUUCAACACACCUGUUUGUUAUUGUCAUGCAACCUGACACCUUGAUUAGCCGCUUUAGCUGUUUUUGAUUUGGGUUGGAGCUGAAAUCCUCAGGAGGGUAGCUCUCCAGGAACAGGGUUGGAGACCUCUGGUCUACAGUUUCCUGAUUCACCAGGAUCUAGGUGCGGUUUCUUAAUAAAAGGCUUUGUGAUAGCCCAAUUAAAGGACCUUGAAACAUGAUCUUGAUUGAGUAAAGAGUAGAUAGUAUGAGGUAUAGACUCUACUGCAGCGGGUAGUAACUUUUAAUAGAUUGGUGGAUGUGGGGUCUAAAAAACAUUUUGUCGGCUUAAAUGAUGUAUAAGUUUAUUUAACUCAUCCUAUCUUUUUAUGUAAUUGUGUCGCUAUACCUUCAUUUUGUCAAAACAGACGCAAUGAACUUGGUCUGUGGUAUCCAAUGAGUACACAGUAGUGAUGGGAAAAGAAGCCUCAAAAGAAGCGCCGAGACUUUCCCCUGAAUGUUUCGAGAUAAGCUGUGCGAGUGUUGAAAAUGACGCCACCUGUUGGUUAAUUAAACAUAGCAGUGGCUCCGUCAGACGAAACAAAUAGAUGAAAUUCAGAUGAAUUUGAAUGUUAUUUGUACGAAUAAAGCAUGGAGUACAAUGUGUGUGUAAAUGUUAAAUAUAAUAAAUUAAUUUACCCAUUCAAGUGUGGCAAUAAAUAAAAGUAUGAGGUUAUAUUCAUACGAUUCGAUAUUGUAUUUUGUACAGAAUAAUGCUCACACGCACAUAACACA